AUUCUUCCUUUUCCGAACACCUUGUUCAAUGGCACAUGGCACAGAGCAACGUGAACGUAAACAGAAUCUCGGCUAUGUAAUACGUUCCGGAAUUGCAGGUGGCAUGGCAGGCUGUGUGGCCAAGACUGCAAUCGCACCAUUGGAUCGAGUCAAGAUUCUAUUUCAAGCGCAAAAUCCAGUGUUUGAAAAGUAUGCAGGAACGUUUACCGGCGCUUUUAAAGCCGGACGGGAUAUCAUCAAGCACACUGGCGUUUUGGGACUAUUUCAAGGCCAUUCGGUGACGUUACUACGAAUAUUUCCAUAUGCAUCGAUCAAAUUUGUUGCCCUUGAACAGUUUCGCGCACUAUUAAUACCAACAAAGGCACAAGAGACAGCAGCAAAGCAUUUCUUUGCUGGAUCACUUGCAGGAAUGACAUGUGUAUUAUUUACCUAUCCAUUGGACCUUGUACGUGUCCGGAUGGCCUAUGUGGUCAAGCAAGAGAACCGAAAACGGCCUACUUUGAUCGAUACCUGCAAACAAAUAUACAAAGAGCCUGCUGCAGCCUCGUCCACGCAUCUGUUGAACUUUUACCGAGGAUUUUUACCAACGGUGGCAGGAAUUAUACCGUACGCAGGCGUCUCUUUCUGGACAUAUCAUAUCAUGACUCAAGCGUUUCGUUUCGAUCCGACCAUUUCACCCUAUACACGCGCAUCUAGAAUAACAGACCCCGAAAAUCGACGUAUGAUGGAGAAACCGCCAUUGAAAACAUGGGCUGAAUUGUGUUGUGGUGGUGUCUCUGGAUUGGUUGCCCAGACAAGUAGCUACCCAUUAGAGGUGAUUCGACGGCGAAUGCAGGUCGGCGGAUUGCUUCAUCCAAACAAGUUUGUAGGAUUCAUGGAGACGGCUAGAAGCAUUUAUCAAACGAAAGGGUUCAAAGGGUUUUAUGUGGGCCUGAGCAUCGGAUACAUAAAGGUGGCUCCCAUGAUGGCCAUCAGCUUUGCAGUAUAUGCCCGAAUGAAAUAUCUUUUAGACAUAGAUUAAAAAUAUACGAUCAUAUUAUGCAACACACAACGUGCACUUGUAUUAUGUAUACGUGCUACUGCUGCCGAUGAUGAUGCUGAUACUGCUCUCAAAAUAUUCUCCCCCAAAUCCACUUCAUCAUGUGUCAUCAUCAAGAUAGAAUACAUGUUGCAAUGCAUGUUUCAGUGUUAUCUGAUGAAACCACACAUCAUUCCAGCUUAUCGCUGUGCAAGCACAAAAUGCUCGUUCUGCAC